AUGAAGAUCUACUCACCCACGUCCCGGAAUCCGAACAAGAACCAAGAGAGCAAAAGGAGAAGGCAAAAGAAAUCCUUCUACCGAGCCAGAGCGAACCAGAAGAGGCAGAAUGCUAAGCUUACUCGGCCGUGCCACCCCGCACCGCUCCCUCCCCGCCGCCGGUAUUUGAGGCUCUCGCGGAGGCGACGGAAGAAAAUUCAGCGAGAGAGACGAAAGGUGACCAUCAUCUCGCAGCUAUAUCUUUAUAUACUUAAAUAG